GGUAGCAGAGCAACCAGAACCCAGGGACAACAAGGGCUCCAGGAGGGGAGAGAGAGGUUGCCCAGAGAGUAAAUCCGGGGCUGCAGGAGUCUGGGCAGGCAGUUUGUUUUUCUCUCCACAAAGAUGCACACUGUCUAAACUGUGUGGCUGGUUGUUACUAAGAAGCUGCAGUAAGAGGGAAAAAUGUAUUUAAUAAAAGGCCCAGUGUUUGUGGUCUUCUUGGGCUUGCUGCCGAGCUUCGGAAAUCUUGAGGUGUGACCAGUUUUCAGUCUUCAAAACCAAGAUGAACUGCCCUUGAGAAGGGUGGUCAGAGGGGAAGCAUGUUCAAGCUGUCUCUCCUGAGCCGGGGACACGGGAAGUUGGUCCAGAACCAACAGAAGUUGGAAGUCUAUUUUGAACCAGAGGAUUACUUGAACUGGAAGUCCCCAGAAGACUACGUCUUGGUUAGCAAACCUCAGGACGAGGCUGAUGCCAGCCAGCAUUCCUGGAGUCUCUUUCUCCCUAAGACUUUCAGCACACGGAAGGGUGCCCUGAUCCUCUACUCAGAAGGGCUAGCCAUCCCAGCAUGGACCCCCCUAAAGAGAAAGGGCUCCCGCUGCCCCGGAGGUCGCAGGAAGGGACUGGAUCUUGAACUGCACACACUUCAAGAUCUCAAAGAAGCUGUCCUGGCAUAUGGAAGGAAGCAGAGGGAGCAGGACAGAGCCUGGCAACCAUACCUCUACUUCCGAAGCCAGCCAGCCAGCCAGGCCCAGAGGCAGAUCCAGCCUGGAUAUUCAGCCAAGAGAUACCUCCGUGGCCUCUUGCGAACGUGGCCCCUUGACACCAUGUACAGACUCCGAUGUGCAGGACACAUCAAGGAUUCUGUGCUGCUUCAGGACAGUCAACUUAAUGUGCCAAAGAGUCUCAGGCCACAACAGGAUCUUUCAGGUGUGCCCCCAAAAUACCAUCUCCUGCCUGUCUUCCCUCCAUUUUGGAUUCAACAAGAAAAAUCUUUUGAACAAGGUCAGCGGGGCCUAGAUGAAGAAGAAACUGGGGCUGGCAGACACAUGAAUCAGGACUUUGUAGCCAAAGAGAGCCGAGGUCAGGAGACUCGCUUGCCACCACUCAGGAAGCAGCCGGGGCAGGAAGAGGAAACUCUGGCAGAGGACACAUCAGUGGAGAAUCACUUUCACGUACAUGCUUCAGAGGAAAGUCGCAAUGAAAAGACAGAGCAAACCUCUAGGAAGGCCCUUGGGCAUGCCCGCAUCGGCCAUUCCUGGCUCCUGAGUGACAGAUCCCACAUUACAUUUUAUGGCGGCACCUUCCCCAGUAGGAAGGCUGAUCUCAGUGACAAACAAGGACAUACGAAACCGCACAGGGCCAGAGGCAGCCACUUGCUACAGGAGCCUCCUGCUACAAGGUGCAUUCUCCCUCCAAUAACAUCUGCCACUGACUCAGAACAAAACAACCCUAGGGAAUCAAAGAGAAAAAAGGCGCCAAAGGCUUUGAAAUUACCUCCCAUUUCAGAAGAACCAGCCAGAGUCCUCAACCCCCUGAGGGGUCAAUUUAAAGCUAAUGAACCCCCAACAGAGCUCUUCAUCAUCCCAAUGGAGAUUCAUUUCCACACCAAACACCCCCCAAAAGAAAAAGCCUGCAGAAGAGGUGCUCCAUAUCCUGAGUCAGAACCAGAAACAGAAGAGGCUGGGCCCUUAUGGAGGCCUCCCCAGAAGCAUGCAUCAUUAGAAAGGCCAAGGGCCAUAACUGUGCAUCUCCCAGUGGACACAGGCAGGGACACACCCUCUCCUUCAGGUAGCUGCUCCCUCCCUCCAGCAUCCCACAGGAAUCUCACUCUGAAGGGAAGCAAGGCAAGACAGACAAGGGCCCUCAGCCAAGAAAAAGGAGGCUGGAAGGGAGAUGACGAUGUUCUGUCCCUGGAUGUGAAACCACCACUGGACCUUCAACCCCUGAUGAGAGAAAGGACAUGUUGGGAGAGCCAGGGGGACCUGGACAGUCUUCGGACAUCAGGCCGCGACGGCCCCACAGACACACCAACUGUGAGGACACUGGCAGCAGAGCAAGUCUAUGAAUCUGCCUAUUCAAAUGUCAGCCAUGAAAAGGAUGAGUCCAGUAUCCAGCAUGUCCUGCAAACAAACACUGAAUCCGGAACCAAUCUUCACAUGAAUCUUUAUGAAACUUCACCUCUAACCCAAACAUUUCCCUCCCAGGGAGCCCCGCAGUCCUUGGAGGCAGCAGCUCAGAAGACGGGAGAACCUCAAAGUUGUAUAAAUAAAGGGCUGAUUUGUUCAAACGGAAAAGAAUUUUACACGCGCAAGCUGCACAUCGACAUGAUGCCGUUCCUGAAGGAAAGUGGAGAUGAACUGGACUCUAACGAAGAACCAGGUGGAUUGCUCAGAGAAAAUGAUGAAGACGGCCAAGACCCAGAGCCAAGGGGUGUGACCCUUGACUCCCUCAGUGCUUCUCUGACUGAACACAUCCAGACCCCUGAGGCAGAUACUAUGAAAAACACAGGCAGCAAGUAUGAGGCACAGCAUCUGCACAGAGAACUUCCAGGACAUAGGCCUGAGUCUACAGAGAAGAUGUGUGCUGUGGAUACAACUCUUCCAAGAGAAGAAGGGAAGAUUGAACCAAAAUUAUUCAGCCAGAAGGCACCAGCCAUCAUCAGCAAUGAGAGGGAGUUGAUUGACAAAUCCAAGAGGAAGAAAACAACCAAGACAGAUAAGACCAAAGCACCCAAGAAGGGGAGAGAAGAAAACAUCCCAGAAGAAGCAGAGGCUAUUGUAGUUGUUCUCCCCACAGGCAAGUCAAAGGACUCAAAGUCUGAAAAGAAACCAGAGCUAAUUCCCAAAGAAAAAAAACCAGGAGCCAAAAGGAAAAGGCCACAGAAGAAAAGGAAUGUGGAUAUAGCAGCAGAGCCAAGUAGGCCUCCUAACACCCCGGAUAGAGGUUUCUUCCCUUCACACUCCAAUGUGGAGGAUCCUUGGCUUUCUCCCACAUACGAUGCUCAGGAGAGCCAGGUUUCUAUAGAUGGAAGAUCAUCACCAACCCAGACCACAGCUGUCACUGGAAACGCGGAAUCAAAAGAAGAAAGAAACUAUGAAGACCCUACAGAGGCCCUUGCUAAGAGGGAGCAGCAGAAGGCUUCCCGGGACAGGCUGCGAGCAGAGAGGGCCGAGAUGAGAUGGUUGGAGGUGGAGAGAAAGAGAAUGGAACAGGAACAGCAGAGCCGGCUCCAGCAGGAGCAGCUGGAGAGAGCAGAGAAGAUGAAGGAGGAGCUGGAGCUGGAACAGCAGAGACGUGCAGAGGAGAGCCGUUUGAGGAGACAGAGACUGGAAGAAGAACAGCGGCAGCAGGAAGAGGUGGAGAGAAAGCAGCGGCUCCAGUUGCAAGCAGCCCAGGAGAGAGCCAGGCAGCAACAAGAGGAAUUCCGGAGGAAAUUGCAAGAAGUACAGAGAAAAAAGCAGCAAGAGGAAGCUGAGAGAGCUGAGGCAGAGAAGCAAAGGCAGAAGGAACUAGAAAUGCAGUUAGCAGAAGAACAAAAACGCCUGAUGGAAAUGGAUGAAGAGGAACGACUAGAGUACCAGAGGCAGAAACAGGAAGCAGAAGAGAAGGCUUGGGCAGAGGCUGAGGAGAGGAGGCAAAAAGAAGAGGAAGCAGCUAAGCUGGCUCUGGAGGAAGCCAUGAAACAAGACCAGGAACAAGCCAGGUACUGGUGAUUGAUUUGGGGGAUUGUUCAAGGGGCUUGACUGCCUGGUGCUAUUAUUAGCCUUGUACUGCCUUUGAACAAAGUCCUCUCCCCACCCCUCAACCCCAGCAUGGUUUGGAAAACUAA